AGACCACAUUUGGCUUCGAGGAUGUCUAUCUCAGAGACCAUUCAUUGAACUUCUCCAAUUUCAUUCCCAACUACUGCUCUCUUAUAUCUUGAAAUUGCCCCAAAUUUCACAGCCAAUUGAAGAGUGCGGCGACCCAGAUACUUCCACCACAAUGGUCGACGUGGCUCCCACAGCUAGCAGUAACAAUACUUCUAAUGGAAUACAAAAUUCUCGAGGGCCAAUUCCAGUGUUACCCACAGAGAUAUUUGACUUAGAUAGUCUUUUGACUUGUCUUCGAGAUAUUCUGAAUGGGAGAAUAUUUCAAGCCUCAGCAGUUAAACAGCUUCUUUCCUCACUGCUUGAAACGAAUUCGGAACCAGUUGCCGGCACAAUUGAACAAAAGCUAAAGGAGGAAACAAAUGGCUAUUACGUUAUAGCAGACAUAGAUACUUUAGGCAACACCUUUUUUCAACCUCCCACGAAAGCUGCUGAAGGAUUGUGGGCACUACUAAAGGGGGGAUCUUCUGGCUAUCUUCCUGACCCAGGUUGGAAAGGACCGCGAAAUAUCUGGUUCUUCUCCCUCAAGUACUACUAUAUUUCAUUUGAAGACCAGGAUGUUUAUCCGGGUCAGCAGUCGGGUCCCUUCCACAAGAAUCUGCCACACCUUCGAAUCUGCCGCGGAAGCUCCUCCGUGGCAUUGAGCUUUUCUGAUACAGAGGGAGCAAAUACGUCUGCUGCACUACCAUGGAGACUCCUAAUCCUCUCUUGCAAUCGGGACCACGCAUCAAGUAGAAAAAUUAAAAACGGAGUGGAAGCAUUUUGCUGGGGCAUUAAUAGUGAAUUGAGGAAGGUCAGGAGGUGUCUUAGGGAAGUGGCAGCUCAGAUAUCCUCGGUUUCUGCACCCUCGGACGACUUUCUCUUCAAUAAUGAGGUGCGAGAAUCUCUCCUGUUCGAAAACAAGGAUUUCACAAACUCACGGACUUACUUCUGGGCUCUUCAAUCCUUGCGUCUCGUCAACGAGUGUAUUGCUUCAAUUAUUAGAAUUUGGGACAUAUAUGACAAAGCAUCAUUUCUGAAUCUUCUCAAUACGGGCGACGAUGGAAUAAGCCACACACCUCCAAGUUCAGAUGGCGAAGCGGCUGCGACAAGAACUGCGUCCAUACCUUACCUAAAUGAGAUUCAAAAACAAAUGACUCAGCUCGCCUGCAUGAUAAAAGAUAACAGCGCUAAGCAGGAGGAGAUACGGGCACUGCGCGACGGUCUUUUUAAUGCCUCUUCAGUCCUUGAAACGCGCACCACUGUCGCACAAGGCAAAAAUAUCCACGUGCUCACGCUUAUCUCCAUGGUGUUCUUGCCUGCUAGCUUUGCAACAUCCAUCUUUGGCAUGCAGUCUAUUCUACCAACAUCGACAAGUCUCACGACAUUUGCAAUUGUCAUGAUAUGUGUUUGCGGGCCGGCAUAUCUGAUUAUAUUAGUAUUGAGUAGAGGACUAAAAGGGGCUGGUGAUGUUUGGAAGAAGACAGCGAAGUUUUGGGAUGGACGUUGCAAAGUUGAUGGAAAAAAAUGGUUCGACGGGACGAAGACGAUGAUGAGGAAGAAAAGAAACAAACAAAAGGAUACUGAGAAGGGUAUAUGAUGUUAGACGUUGAUGUGGAUGUCAGAUAUCCCCUGGCUAGCAGGUCGAUUCAACGCUUAUGAAUUACUACACUGUAGUUAAUCGGAAUUGUAUUUCAUCCUCCU